AGGGUCUUAAGGAGAGGUUUUGCAGUUCCCCGCGGUCGCCCGUCAGUGUGCACCCUCCGCCCGCGGAAGAUCGUCCGUGGGGGCGGCCGCCGCGAGCAUGCGCAUGGGCACUGCGGCGGGAGGGUGCGGAGUCCUGGUGCGGGGACGCGGGGCGGCGCGAAGCGGUGCUCUCUGCCGCCCCGCGCCCCCAUGUACGCCUUUUACUCUCUGCUCAUCUACAUCUUCUACAGUCUUUUUCGCAGGGAUGGCGGGGCCGCGGCGGCCGCGGACCCCAACGACCCCACCCAGAGGAGCAGUGGUAAACCUAGGGGUCGUCGCCGCCCCGAUCAGUUCACAUCAGAGCUCUGGACCGAGCUGAACAGCCUGGCGGGCUGCUCCAAAUCUGAGGAUGGUCAGAAAGGAGCCGAGGGUGGAGCACCUGAGGUGUCUCUGGAAGAGGCACUUAUGCGCCUUGCUGAGUUCCUUUCCCUCCAGUUGGGGGCAGAAGAGAGCUGUGGGACGCCUCCUGACCCGGGCAAGCCUGGUGAGGUCCCCCCGCUGUUGACAGUGACAAGUCAGCUCUUGGCCCUUCUGGCAUGGACACGGAGCCCCAGGGGGAGGCAGGCCCUGCUCCAGGGGACACAGUCAGCCUGCCCAGUGCAGUCUUCCACUCUAGAUGGGUCCCUGUCACAAGAAGAGAGCUCCUCUCAGCCCACUCCCAUCCUGGAUGAGGUACCAGGGGAUGAAACCCAGGAACUGCAGCCUCCCCAGCUGGAGGAGGAACAGAGAGCUUGGCAGCGGCUGGAAGAGCUUAUUCUUGGACAGCUGGAAGAGCUGAGACAGCAGCUGGAGCAGCAGGAAGAAGAGUUGAGCAGGCUGCGCCUGGGAGUGGGGGCGACAGAUUCAGAGAAAAGAGUUCAGCAUCUCACACUGGAGAAUGAAGCCUUGAAACAGAGUUUGAGCCUUACUCGGGAGCUCCUGCUGCACUGGGGCCCUGGCCCCCUCUCCAGAGCUCCACAGGAGGAGGCAGGGGCUCUGUUGGAGCUGCAGGGACAGCUUCAAGAAGCCCAAGACACCACAGAAGCCCUCCGAGUCCAGCUGGGAGUCCAGGAGAUGCAGCUGCAGGGCCUGCGAGGGGCCCUCCAGCAGCUCCAGCAGGAGACAGAACAGAACUGCAGACAGGAGCUGCAGCAAGUUCAUGGACAGCUGGCAGGACUUCGGGCACGGAUGGCCAGCCUUCGUCAGGGCUGUGGGGACCUCCGAGGACUGGUCAGCACCUUUACCCAGAGUUGUCAGGGCUCUCUGAGUGAGGCCCAGGGCCAGGUAUCCUGGGCCCUUGGGGCUCUGUCAGCAGGAGGGGCUAGGACUCAGCUUCCAGAGGGGCAGCAGGGCCCCCCAACUGGAUGCUCAGGGCGGCUUUUGGAACUCAAGGGGAAUAUCCGUGUGCUAUGUCGGCUGAGACCAGCUGAAGGAAUACCUUCUAGCCUGGUGAGCGUGGAGCCUGGACAAGGGGGCACCAUCACCACCUGCUACCGAGGGCGCCAGCACCGCUUUCGCCUGGAUUGGGUCUUUCCUCCAGAUGCCAGCCAGGAGGAGGUCUUCAGGCAGCUAGAGCCAGCAGUGCUGUCUUGCCUCCAGGGGUACAGUGUCUGCAUCUUCACUUAUGGUCAGACUGGGACUGGAAAAACCUACAGUAUGGAGGGCCCACCUGAGGACCCUGGCAUAGCUCCUAGGGCACUGCAGUUGCUGUUCCGGGAGAUGGGGACUGGAGGGCACCACCAUGUGACCCUCAGCAUGGUGGAGAUCUACAACGAGGCAGUCAGGGACCUCCUAGCUACAGGGCCUCCAGAGCGCCUGGUUGUGAGGCAGGGACCUGCAGGGCAGGGAGGAAUUCAAGUGGCUGGCCUCACGCACUGGGACGUCCCUAACCUGGAAACCCUGCACCAGAUGCUGAGUCUGGGGAGGAGCAACCGAGCUACGGCAGCUACUGUCAUGAACCAGCACAGCUCACGCUCCCACGCCCUAGUUACGUUGACUUUGCGCUCAGCGUCUCCAUCUCGUGCCCAGGGUAGCACAGGCACACUGCACCUGGUGGACCUGGCAGGCUCCGAGCGUGUGUGGAAAGCAGGGGUGGCCAGCCCGCUGCCGAGAGAUCCCAAUGGCGCCCGGCGCCUGCGGGAGGCCCAGGCAAUCAACCGCUCUUUGCUGGCGCUAGGAGGAGUGAUGGCCGCGCUCCGAGCUCGGCGGCCGCACGUACCUUUCCGAGACUCACAGCUUACACGCCUGCUACAGCCGGCGCUUGGCGCCGGCACCACCGCAGUGCUGCUGCUGCAGAUCUCAACGAGGACCGAAGAUCUUGGGGAGACAAUCUGCUCGCUCAAAUUCGCUGAGCGAGUGGGUCAAGUGGAACUGGGACCAGCCCGACGCCGUAGAGCCCCACGCUCCGGAACCCCUUCUUCUCUCAGUACUGACACCCCACUCACUGGGACUUCCUGCACCCCUACACCAUCUCCUGGCAGCCCUCCAAGUCCCAGCCCCAACUGCUGUUCUGGCUUGACUCUAGAGCCUCCAGCGGACCUGCCUCCGUAGAUCUGGGUCAAAGCCCUUAGGACUGGUCUUGGGAUGGGAACAAACCUCUGCUGGCAGAGGCAGCAGUGAAGUUCCUAUACCCCAUCUUCCAGGUCAACCUCUUUUGUCUUUUUUUUUUUUUUUUU